CCCCAUGUAGUUUUGGGGGUCCCUGGGUGGCUUUGAGGGUGGAGUCUCUGUCUCUGGACAGUUUUGAGCGUCUCUGUGGGGUUCAGGUUUUCCCCAUUUUUAUGUCUUCAUUUUAAGGCAAAAGCCCUUUAAUUCCCUGUUUGCCAUCAUCUCUCCUGACUCCAGGUGGUUUUCUUCAGCUUUUUCAGUCAUUUGGGCCAGAAUUUCCCAUACCCUGGAAUUCCUUGCUGGGACUUGGGUCAUUAAUUUUGGGUAAAAAACGUCUGGAUUUGGUCUGUCCUUUCCCUGGUGUUGUGGGGCAGAGGCUACCAUGGGGACAGUGAUUCUGGGAGUUCAGGGAAUUUGGGAUAAUUGCUGUGGGUCCCACACCUCUCACGACAUCCCUGUCACUCACAUGUAUCAAAUGUCCUGAGGGUUCCACUCCCAUCAUUUCCCAUCUGUGACAGGAUCCAGCUGCCAGCUCCCAAAUUCUCUGGAACUGUGGGUCAUGCCCCUUGUCCCCAUCCUGAAAUUCUGCUGAAUCUGCCCAAAUCUGCAUGGUUUGGCUGUGACUUGAGUAUUUUUUAUUUGGGUAUAAAAGGAGUGGCUUUGGAACACUGUGUGUCUGCAGAAACCCAGGAAUUCAAGAGCCAAGGGGCCAGUGAGUAGGGAAGAGUGGGGAGGCUUCAUUCCCUGUUUAUUCCUGGUUUUCCUUAUUGUUUAGUGACAGGCAGAAAUUGAGGAUUUUUUCUGCCCAAAUUUCAGAUUUUUUUACCCUUUCCCUUCCCCAAUUUUAGGACCAUUUUCUCUCUUUUCCCCAAAAGUUCCAUCAUUUUUCUUCUAAAAUGUUGGGUUUCAAACACUUUUUUCCACAUUAAACAAAAAAUAAAAUUGCCCAUUCCCCCCCAAAUCUCAGGGGUUUGCCCUUUUUGUGCACUUUUCUUCCAAAUUUCAGAUUUUUUUUCCCUCUUCAUGUCCAAAAUUUGGUGGGUUUUCUCUUCCCCUUUUUCAGGCCAAAUUGAGCAUUUGGGAGGGUUUGUGUGGGACAAGGGGUGGCACAAGACGGGAUCUGAUGGCUCCUCCUUCCCUUCUGUGCACUCUCCAGUGCCAGCUACCGGGGCUGGGAGUUCCAUGCUGUGAUCCCACAGAACGACAACGAGUCCCCCAGCACGUACCUGCAGCUGCUGCUCGCCUUCUAUGGCCCUGCUGACACCCAGGUGUCGGGGAUGCUCUGUGGCAGCUCCAUCACCCAGAACACCACCCUGAGACCAGAUGUCACUGUGCCCUUGCCCUUUCCUGCUACCCUGGAACUCACUGGAAGCCACACUUCCCAUAAAACCUUGGUGAUUGAGGCCAGUGCUGACAUCUCUGUGACGUCUGUCAGUACCAAUGGCUACACUGUGGAUGCCAUUGCCUUCCUACCUAUGGAGAGCCUGGGCAUCAGUCCCCACAGCAGUCUCCUGUGAGGAUUUGGUAUGCGAGAGGUGUGAGAUGGUGGAUGGACAACCAGAGUGCAUCCAGGAGACUUUCUCCACCUGUUGGCUCACUGGUGGGCCACACUACUGCAGUUUUGAUGAAAAACCUUUGAUUUCAUGGGAUCGCGGGCCUACACCAUGACCACCAUCUGCAAUCCUGAUCCCACCCUUCCUACUUCCUCUGUUGAGGUCAAAAAGGAGGAAAAAGGAGAACUCCAAAGUUUCCUCCAUUGGCUCCAUCACCAUCCAAGUCAACAACGUCACUGUCACUGCUGUCCAGUCAGAGAAUGGUAUGGUGAGGGUGAGCAACCACCGCUUGUGCCUCCCCAUUUUCCUCUGCCACAGGAAGGUCUGCAUCCACCAGAAGGGUAAAUCCAUGUUGAUUCAAUCAAAUUUCAAGCUGAAGGUCCUCUACAGCUGGGAUGAUCGUGUAGUGAUCAAACUUCCGGCUGCUCUUUCUAGAAAAGUCUGCGAAAUGUGUGGGAAAAACAAUGGGGAUCCCCAAGAUGACACUCUCUCUCCUGAUGGAAAACAAAUGGUUUCUUCUAUGACCUUGGCAAGGAAUUUUGGAGUGACCUCCCUUGCAUCCAACACUGUGUGUGUGACGCAGAGCAGCGGCAGACAGUGUGCUGGGAUUCUGGUUGUGGCACUGAAGAGGGAUGCCAGAUGGAGGAGGAUAUCCAGGAUUGUUAUCCCAAAAUUUUUGGGGUCUGCACUGCUGUCGGAGCCACCCAUUAUGAGACCUUUGAUGGCAAGGCAUUCAUCUUCCAGGGGAUGUGUGUCUUACGUGUUGGUAGGGUUGUCUGAGGACACCCAAAAUUUGGUGGGAUGCCAGGUGUUGGUGCAGAAUGGCCACCUUAGUGACAACCUCGUGUCGUCCAUUGCCGUGGUGACAGUCAAAGUCUACAAGAAAACCAUCAGCAUCAGCAGGGAACAUGCUGGAAAAAUCAUGACUGAUGAGCAGUUGGUCAAUCUCCCGUAGCACUACAGUGAAAGAAAGAUUGUUGUCUAUUGUCACGGGCAGGACGUGGUGGAAGUGACCAAUUUUGGCCUUGUUGUCACCUAUGACUGGUACAGCCACAUCACCACCAUGGUGCUAGUGGCUUCACCAAUGCCCUGUGUGGGCUCUGUGGGAACUACAAUGGCACUGCAAGCAAUGACAUGAUGAUGAGGAACAACCAUGUGACGUCAGACCCAGAUGCCUUCAGGAGCAGCUGGAAGGUCACAGAUGUCCCAGGAUGUGGUGAGAGGUCAACAGUGGAAUGUUCCAGCACCCUUGCACCUUCCUGGCUGCAGCAGGAAGUCUCUGAGAUGGGGUGUGAAAUUAUUUUGGAAGUGGAUGGACUCUUUAGAGGAUGUCAUGGUCAUGUUGAUGGCCAUCAGUACUUCUAAAGCUGCAUCCAUGACUCCUGCCUGUUCCCUGAUCAGGAAGAAGGGAUGUGUCCAAUCAUUGCCCUCUACGCCACCACAUGCCAGGCUGCUGGUGUGUCCAUUGAGAGGUGGAGGACAGAUAAUUUCUACUGUAAAUUGGGACAAUGGGAGGGUUUUUCCUUCAGCAGUAUACAAAGGAUCCUCAAGUCUGCUCCAAAUCUAUGUAUGAACAACCCAGAGGCGCAUGGGAAUCCCACCCAAAGUCUUGGUUGAUCCCAUAAUUCACCCAAAAUAAACCCUUCCUAAGGAAGAA